AUGGUCAGCGACCGCACCCUCGGCGGCACAGGGCUCGUCAUCCUCAUCUCGUCCUUCUCCUACUACACCCUGUGGACUCUCGUCACGCCCUUCCUCCCACCCUCCUCCCCCCUGUGCCACCUCUUCCCGUUCUCGCGCGAGUGGGCCAUCCGCCUCCCGGCCCUCGUCGUCCUGUGCGGCCUGUCGUUCGUCGGCCUCCUGACCGGCCUCGUCCUCGUCGAGACGGCGGCGAGCAAGCGCGACCGGGCGAGGAGCACGAGGAUGAGGGACAAGGGAGACUAA